AUGUGUGACACUGACAACACUUACGACACUGACCACAGCGACGACACUGACGACAGCGACGGCACUGACAACACUGAUGACACUGACCAAACUGACCACACUGACCACACUGAUGACACGGUCCUAGCCUCACCUAUGGAUCCUUUGGCUGAAAUGAGUUUCCUUCAAAGAGGGGCUGGGCUCAGCCUUAGACAUGGGGUUAGGAGCUUGGACAUCCCGAAGGAGCUCAGAGUAGAGCUGCUGCUCUUUCGCAUUGAAAGGAGUGUAGGAGAGAAGAAGACCUCUAAGGAGAUGGAGUCUCAGGGUUUUUCCUCUCAGUCUGGGAACAGCAGCAAUGACUCAGAUUCUUGCCUUCCGGAGAGCCAGCACGUGUCCAUCCCCAUCCUCUUGUGCCUCGUCUUCUUCCUGGGCUUCUUCCUCAACAUCUUCAGCCUCUGGGUCUUCUGCUGUCGGUUGCCCUGCUGGACCUCUGGAGCAAUCCUUCAGUUCCACCUGGCUCUCAGUGGAGCCAUCGCCACCCCGGUCACUCCGAUGAUGGCAGAGUACUUGGUGAAGGGCAACAACUGGAUCUUUGGUCGCUUUCUGUGCCAAGUCAAGAUUGCCUUGUUCAGCUCUCACAUAUACGGCAGCAUCAUGUUCCUCACUCUCAUCAGCAUCCAUCGCUACGUAGCUGUGGUGCGCUAUAACAGACGCUCCUGCAUGAAACAGAAGCAGUUUGUCAGGCGGCUGUGUGCAGGAGUGUGGUUUGUGCUUCUGAUCCAGUCCCUGAUUGGAUCAGCUUUCUCAUUUCUUACCAGUAACGACGACUCUAAAAAUCAAUGCCUCUCCAUCCACCAGAAGAACCUGACAAACUCCUACAUUGUCGUUAACUUCAUCCUCUUCAUCUUUGGCUUUCUACUCCCUUUCAUUGUGUCGGCUGUUUGCUAUGGCCGCCUGGCAAUCACCUUAACUCGCCUCAACAUCAGCUCAGCUAAAGGUCAGCAAGUGAAGGAGAAGUCUGAGAGGAUGAUCGCCGUGUGUCUGCUGAUAUUCGGGGUGUGCUUCCUGCCUCUGAACGUGACAAGAACCGUGGCUGUGGUGCUCAUAAAGUACUUCCCACGACAGUGCCAUGUUCUCCUGCAGGCUCAGACGGCAUACUACACAUCCUGGAUUUUAGUGGGAGUGAGGAGCUGUCUGGAUCCUCUGCUGUACUGUUUUGGUUCACAAAAUUUUAGAGAUGCUUUGCCGUCUUUCAGGGUUGGGCAGGUAGACCGUCCCAGCAGAAGUGAUUCAGAAAUGACUCCAAAUCAGUAA